GGCUAAUGUAACAGUUUGCAAACCGAGGGGAGUUGUGAAGGGCGCGGGCUUGAGGGGUGCUCUGCCAGCCUCGUGGGUCCAUCCGCCAGUGCGUCUGUCCCAGAGCUGGGGCCAUAGGAGCGGAGGCAGAAGGGACGCAAUGGCAGCCAUGGUCAGGAGGCAGAGGCCGAGGAGGCUAGCCUGUUGGGCCUUGAUGGCUGUGCUCUUGGCAGACCUGCUGGCGCUGAGUGACACACUGGCAGUGAUGUCCGUGGACCUGGGCAGCGAGUCCAUGAAGGUGGCCAUUGUCAAACCUGGAGUGCCUAUGGAGAUUGUCUUGAACAAGGAAUCCCGGAGGAAAACCCCAGUGACUGUGACCCUGAAAGAGAAUGAAAGAUUCUUUGGAGACAGUGCAGCAAGCAUGGCCAUCAAGAAUCCAAAGGCUACACUGCGUUACUUCCAGCAUCUCCUGGGGAAGCAGGAGAAUAACCCCCAUGUGGCUCUUUACAGAGCCCGUUUCCCAGAGCACGAGCUAGGCUUCGACCCACAGAGGCAGACUGUGUACUUCCAAAUCAGCCCGCAGCUGCAGUUCUCACCUGAGGAGGUCCUCAGCAUGCUUCUCAAUUACUCGCGUUCUCUGGCUGAAGACUUUGCAGAGCAGUCCAUCAAGGAUGCAGUGAUCACCGUGCCAGCCUUCUUCAAUCAGGCAGAGCGCCGAGCUGUGCUGCAGGCUGCGCGCAUGGCUGGCCUCAAGGUGCUGCAGCUCAUCAAUGACAACACCGCCACCGCCCUCAGCUACGGUGUCUUCCGCAGGAAAGAUAUCAACACCACAGCCCAGAACAUCAUGUUCUACGAUAUGGGCGCGGGCAGCACCGUGUGCACCAUCGUGACCUACCAGACAGUGAAGACGAAGGACUCGGGGGUGCAGCCACAGCUGCAGAUCCGGGGAGUGGGGUUUGACCGCACCCUGGGGGGCCUGGAGAUGGAGCUCCGGCUGCGUGAGCACCUGGCCAGACUUUUCAACGAGCAGCGCAAGGGCCAGAGAGCGAAGGAUGUGCGGGAGAAUCCCCGUGCCAUGGCCAAGCUGCUGCGUGAGGCCAAUCGACUCAAGACUGUCCUGAGCGCCAACGCAGACCACAUGGCACAGAUUGAGGGUCUGAUGGAUGAUGUGGAUUUCAAGGCGAAGGUGACUCGAGCGGAGUUUGAGGACUUGUGUGCAGACUUAUUUGAGCGGGUGCCGGGGCCGGUGCAGCAGGCCCUCCAGAGUGCGGAGAUGAAACUGGAUGAGAUUGAGCAGGUGAUCCUGGUGGGUGGGGCCACUCGGGUCCCUAAAGUCCAGGAGGUGCUGCUGAAGGCUGUGGGCAAGGAGGAACUUGGGAAGAACAUCAAUGCUGACGAAGCCGCUGCCAUGGGGGCCGUGUACCAGGCGGCCGCGCUCAGCAAAGCCUUCAAGGUGAAGCCGUUUGUCGUCCGAGACGCCGUGAUCUACCCCAUCCUGGUGGAGUUCACCAGGGAGGUAGAGGAGGAGCCUGGGGUUCACAGCCUGAAGCACAAUAAGCGCAUCCUCUUCUCCCGGAUGGGGCCCUACCCUCAACGCAAAGUCAUCACCUUUAACCGCUACAGCCACGACUUCAACUUCCACAUCAACUAUGGUGACCUGGGCUUCCUGGGGCCUGAGGAUCUUCGGGUAUUUGGCUCCCAGAAUCUGACCACGGUGAAGCUCAAAGGUGUGGGUGAGAGCUUCAGGAAGUAUCCCGACUACGAGUCCAAGGGCAUCAAGGCUCACUUCAACCUGGAUGAGAGCGGCGUGCUCAGCUUAGACAGGGUGGAGUCUGUAUUUGAGACUCUGGUGGAGGACAGCCCAGAAGAGGAAUCUACUCUGACCAAACUUGGCAACACCAUCUCUAGUCUGUUUGGAGGUGGCGCCACACCAGACGCUAAAGAGAACGGUACUGACAGUGUCCAGGAGGAGGAGGAAGGCCCUGCUGAGGGAAGCAAGGAUGAGCCUGGAGAGCAGGCAGAGCUCAAGGAGGAAGCAGACAGCCCGACAGAGGAUGCCUCCCCGACCCCACCCCCUGAGCCUAAGGGGUCUGCAGCCCCUGAGGGAGAAAAGACCGCAGAGAAAGACAAUGGGGAAAAGCCUGAGGCCCAGAAGCCAAGUGACAAGGGGGAGGCCGGGUCUGAGAGUGUCCCUCCAGCCCCAGAGGAAGAAAAGAAGCAGAAGCCAGCCCGGAAGCAGAGAAUGGUGGAGGAGAUCGGGGUGGAGCUGGUCGUCCUGGACCUGCCCGACUUGCCCGAGGACGAGCUGGCCCGCUCAGCCCAGAAACUCCAGGACCUGACACUCCGGGACCUAGAGAAGCAGGAACGGGAGAAAGCGGCCAACAGCUUAGAAGCAUUCAUCUUCGAGACCCAGGACAAGCUGUACCAGCCCGAGUACCAGGAAGUGUCCACUGAGGAGCAGCGUGAGGACAUCUCUGGGAAACUCAGCGCCACGUCCAGCUGGCUGGAGGAUGAGGGCUUUGGGGCCACCACAGCGAUGUUGAAGGAGAAACUAGCUGAGCUGAGGAAGCUGUGCCAAGGGUUGUUCUUUCGGGUGGAAGAGCGCAAGAAGUGGCCUGAACGGCUGUCUGCCCUCGACAGUCUCCUCAACCAUUCCAGCAUGUUCCUCAAGGGGGCCCGGCUUAUUCCAGAGAUGGACCAGAUCUUCACUGAGGUGGAGAUGACAACGUUAGAGAAAGUCAUCAAUGAGACCUGGGCCUGGAAGAAUGCAACCAUGGCCGAACAGGCCAAGCUCCCCGCCACAGAGAAGCCCGUGUUGCUCUCCAAAGACAUCGAGGCCAAGAUGAUGGCUCUGGACCGCGAGGUGCAGUAUCUGCUCAAUAAGGCCAAGUUUGCCAAGCCCCGCCCCCGACCCAAGGACAAGAAUGGCACCCGGGCAGAGCCUCCCCUCAACGCCAGUGCCAGUGACCAGGGGGACAAGGUCAUCCCUCCACCAGGCCAGACUGAAGAUGCAAAACCCAUUUCCGAGCCUGAGAAAGAGACACAAGCAGGUUCUGAACCGGCAGGCUCUGAACCUCUGGAGUUAGGAGGUCCCGGAGCAGAAUCGGAACAGAAGGAGCAGCCGACAGAACAGAAGCGAACUUUGAAGAACGAUGAACUAUAACCCCCGCCUCCCAGUUCCCCCCUCGUCCGCCCCCUUCUCCUGCCACCACCUCUAUUUAUUAAACACCAAGGGCUGGGGGAGGGGUCGGUCCUGCCCUCAGAGGCCUGAGUUCCUCUUCUCACCUGUGAUCGGAGAUGUGGAGAAGGGGACGGGAAGACCAGCUCACCAGUUCCUUCCAGAGUAGUUCUGUGGUUAAAACUGAAAUUGUUCUGUUCCCAAUCCCACCCCCUGGUUCCCUGCCCAUCCAGGCCCUCAUUUGGGAAAAAUCACUAGUAUGUCUUAAUUCUUUGCCUGUGGGUAGGCGAGAGAAUGGCCAUUUGUGGCUGCUAGGCCUGGUAGAGGAAAGGGUGUCCUGGGGUAUUAGAGGGUCUCUGGUCUUCUCUGGUCCUCUUCCUUCCUCCCUCCCUCUCCCACCUCGAGACUGAUGCCACACGGGCCAGUGUCUGCAGAGCCUUGGUCACCAGGUUUGUUUCUGAGUGCUUGUGCUCUUGCCUCGUCUGAGAUCUUUCCCUAAAGACCCCCAUCCCCAUGCCUCCUCUCCCUAGUUAGUCUCCUUGGCUUUCUGCACGUUGGGCAGUCCUCUGCCUCUUGCUCAGAGCCCUUCAUCUGGACUGAAGUCUUAUCUAGAUGGACUCCCACCCACACGUACCACCCCCAGCGGCCAGAGUUGGCAGGGAGAAAGUGAAGAAGGAAAUCCAGCUGCCUCUCCAGGAAGUGAGAUGUGUGAAAACCCUGUGGCUCCCCCACCUGUGGACUCUUGGGCCUAGGAAAGCCAUGUGGAGUGGCUGGCACAGGAUGCCAGCGUCCGGCAGGCGCUCAAAAUCUGCAUCUUCCCAGGAGCCUGGUACUCCGUGUCCCUUUGAUUUCCUGCCCCUUUUCUCCCCGACUGUGUGGCACCCCUAGACAGCCUUUCCCUCACCCUUGGCCCCCUGGGCUGACCAAAAUGUGCUUUCUACUGUGAGCCCCUAUCCUGAGGCCCUGGGGGGCAGGAGACACCAUGGCGUGAAUGUAACAAAGCCACCUCGCUCUCUUAGAGGCAGACCUUGCGGCGGAAUGAAGAGGGUACACGCUGGCCUUUUGUGUGCUGCCCUGCGGGGAUGGGGGCCCUUUACCUGCCACGCAGAUAUUGGGCAGCUUCCUCUCCUGGAUCCCAUCUGUAGCAGGAGUCAGGGCUGCCACCCCAGCUCCCAGGGCAAGAGGGAGCCUGGUUUUGUCUUGUCCUUUUUUUCCUUUUUUUUGCCACAUUGGCAGAAAUGAGACCUAAGGGUCCUACCCCGUCCUGUAUGUUUUGAGUUGUUUCACUUGCAGUUAAGGCUGGUUGGACAGGUUUGAGUCAAAUUGUACUUUGUUCCAUUGUUAAUUGAGAAACUGUUUCAAUAAAAUAUUCUUUUCUACA